GCACGCUGCGGCAGCAAAAUGUCACGUGAUUCAAAUUUUCUAGAACUGCUUUUGCUGCAUUCGCUGCUCAUGAAAAGAAAUAGCGGCAGCAGCAUAUUUAAUCUUAACCUAAAAUAUAUAUUUUUUUUGGUUGCGGUUUAAAAUUAAUUUUAACAGUCUGAUAAUGUCAUACAAUCAACAUCAAUUAUAUGAGUGGCACAGAACAUGUGAGCAAAUAAUUCAAAAAUAUAAUGUGGAAAACUUAAGAAGGCAAAAAAUUGCGGUUACGGCGACUGUUGGUGCAGUUAUAGCUUGGGCAACUGAAAUUUCAAAGAAAAAGCGACGUUAUAAAAACAAACGUACUUGGAUAACCGAAUUUUUUGAACAACGUCGACGAUAUGGGUUUUACCAUACGGCUUUACCUAUAUUAAAGUUAGAAGAUUUACGCUUUCGAAAUUAUUUUCGAAUGAAUACUAUACAAUUUAAAGAAUUAUUGGAAUUAGUUGCCCCAAAGAUUACUCGACAAUAUGCUAUUCGUGAACCAAUUGAAGCAGGACAACGCUUAUCAAUAUGUUUGAGAUAUUUAGCAAGUGGAGAUAGCAUGACAUCUAUGUCAUACCAAUACCUUGUAAGUUUAACAGCAGUAUCAAAAAUCAUUUCGGAAACUUGUCAAGCCUUGUGGGAAAUCUUAUCACCACUUGUAUUAGUACAAUGUAAUGAAAGUGCCUGGAAAGCAAUUAGUCAUGACUUCAAUGAGAAAUGGCAUUUCCCACAUUGCAUUGGAGCUAUAGAUGGAAAGCAUGUUAUCAUACAGAGUCCUGAAAAAUCUGGUUCAGCGUACUUCAACUAUAAAAAGACCCACAGUAUUGUACUUUUAGCUAUGUGUGAUGCUAAUUAUCUUUUCACUUACGUUGACAUUGGAGCAUUCGGUCGUCAAAGCGAUGGUGGGAUUUUCAAACAGUCUGAAAUGGGUCAAAGAUUUGCACAAGGGAAAAUGAAUGUUCCGGCUGCAGAUGAAAUUUAUGAAGGAAGUACUACAUAUCCAUAUGUAAUAGUUGGAGAUGAAGCAUUCCCACUAACUUCAUAUUUGAUGCGUCCAUAUCCUGGCAGAGGUGAACUAACGACUGAGAAAAAGAUUUAUAAUUAUCGAUUAUCUCGAGCAAGAAGAGUAAUCGAAAAUGCGUUUGGAAUACUUGCUGCACAAUGGCGAUUUUAUAGAAAAUCUACUAUUGCUAAAGUUGAUACUACUGAGAAAAUGGUAAAAGCAACAAUAGUUUUGCAUAAUUGGCUUCGUAAGCAAGAUUUGUCAAGAAGAGAAACAUUUAUAACACCUGAAAUGGUUGAUAGAGAAGGAAAUGAUGGAUCAAUAAUACCGGGUACUUGGAGAAAUAUAGUUGCAAGUAAUAAUUCUGCUUUCCAAGACAUUGCUGCUACUUCUACACACACGCAUACAAGAAUAGCUGCAGAUAUUCGAAACAAAUUCACUGAGUAUUUUUAUGAAGAAGGAGCCGUUCCAUGGCAAUUUUCACGAAUAUAUCAGUAAAAAAAAUAUAAGACUUUAAUAUAUACAUAUA